AUGCAACAAAUACUUCCCAUAUAUGUACUGAAAUACUGUAUAUUGUCGGUGAUCAUUCCAAAGAGUUCACUCUGUGAUGCACACAGUGACAAAUUCCGACCGUCAUUUCCCAUCAUCAGUCGUGGUGGAUCAUCCUUUCCCAACGACCACUAUGCGACUGACAACUUCCAUGCUCAGUUUCAAGAAGAAGACAGGUAUCCAAGUCGUCGCCCCACGGCAACACCGAAAUCAUUAAGAAGAUCCAUCAGUAGAAGUUCCACCAAAGAUCAAAGUCGUAAUUUCAUGACCGAUUGGGACAUUCGAGCAAUGAGACAAGUUUCGUCCUACGAUCCCUUUUCCGCCACCACCAUGGAUGCCUAUGACGAUUACGAUUCCUCAUCUGAGGAAAUAAUGGAGAAUGACAACAACGUCAAGAACUAUCAUCGCACCAUGGAGGACAACUUUGAUACCUUGCGUCAAAAUUAUGGUGAUGACAAUAACGCCAAUGACAACUCUCCAGUAGUCUAUAAAUACUAUGGACGAUCGCGAGCAAGAGGAAAUGCAUCCAAUCCGGUCCAUUUUAUUCUAUUGGGUCCCAAUGUAGAUCACUGGAAAGAUAUUGGGCAGCUGUUGGCCUCGAGAGGAUUCAAUGUCAUGGCCUGCGAACGACUCGAAAAGGAGAGCAACAAAAACAGAUCCAAGGAUGCUCCCAAUUUAGUCAUGGACAUUUUACAAGUCAUGAAGUGGAAAAAGGUCGUUCUAGUAGGAUGUGACAAGGAAUCGUUAUUGGCCAUGGAAACAGCCAUGAUGCUGUCAGGAGAUCAGGUGGCUGGAUUGGUCUUGUGUGGGGAUUUGACGGAAGCGGAUUCUCAAUCGUCGGCUUCGGGGUUUGAUGUGUUGGAUUCCUUUCUGAAACAAACGCUGCAGUGUCCCUUUGUCAUUGUUUGGGAUGGCGAUGCUCCUUCUCUUAUACAUGGAUCCAGUGCUCGUGAAUCGGUGGAGUCUAAUACAAGCGAUCGAUGCUUGAUUCUGGGAGGUGGAUCGGCGCCACAUCGCACCAAGCCAGAACAAUUCACUUGGAUUUUGACUCGAUUCGUGGAAGAAAAGAUAGAAUUGGUCACCCAACAACAACAACAACAGCAACAGCAGCAACGAAGACCUCGGAUUGUAAGACACCAUGAAUCGGUAUCCAAAUCGAUGCGACUGCUACAAGCCUUGAAUGUUCCAUUUGGGAUCAAUUCUUUGGUAUCUCCCGAAGGACGAUUGCUACUGGGACGAGCGGCAGCGGCUGCAUUGUUUUAUAUUGCCAUGAUGAAGGUGGUCGUAGUUCAAUACGGUAUCCUUCGGGGAGGACUGAUAACUAUUCAAUCGAGAUUCGACUCCGUGGCAACCUUUCGGGCCAAAGUGUUUCAAGCGAUUGGGGCCUUCUUUUUGAAUUAUGGAUACAUUCCGCGGCUCUUCAAGAUUGGAAAUGAGGAUUCCAAACGAAAUGUUGAUAGUGAGACUGUAGAGUCGACGACUGAGAGCCAGGAGGAAACCAAAAAGGACAAGAAGAGGAGGAGGAAGAGGAACAAGAAGGAAGCCAACAGGAUGGAGGACGAGACUGUGGAACCACCGACAGAUGAAGAUGAUACUGCCAUUCAAAGUCCAGCUGAAAUCCAAGGACCAACGAAGAAACCAUUCUUCUUCCUUGAUCCAAUCAUUGCCUAG